AAUAUGUGUAAAAACACAACCCGCAUCACACCGUAAUUUGGAAAUUCGCGUAACUCGACACUCAACAAAACUAUGCCAUAAAACAGGCCCGAGAAAGUCGGUGUUGUUGUGUAUCUAGAAUCUGUUUUUGUGUUCGUUUGACAAAUAGGAAAAAGAAAGUUACCAAUUUGUCAGCCGCUUGGUUAUCCCAUAACUGUAUAACUUUCCCUAUAACAAAAAACCGAAUAGCGGCCUACAACAGUGCAGUUUUUCAAUGGGUUAAUACAUGAUAAGUGAAUCGUAAACAAAUGUCGUUCGUAUAGCGGAACAAUAAGUGUAUUGGCGUCCUCGUUUCCGUCUCGCAUGUCAGUAAGGACUAUAGAAACAUGUCCUUACAACCGUUGCCUUAAACACCAGCUCUUACAUACUCCGAAGCCAAUCUGGCGAAACCGAUUGUUUGGAUGGAACAAUAGGGAUCGCUUGUUCAUUACAACAAAUCCCUCCACUUGCGACUAUCUCCAUCGAUCGGAAAAGCGACCGUAGAGCCGUUAGCUGCCUAUGGCUGCUUCUGCUGACGCUCAAAGUAAUUGCCGUCGUACGGCCAUCUUCACGACCAUCGUAAUCGAUCCAGGCGUUCGGAAAAGAGGCACGCAUUAUCAAAGAAAGAAACGCUGGAGUAAAACUUCAUCCGUAGCACGAUAGGGCAGCGUACACAACACCGUCAGCGGCUGCAUUAUGGAUGGACCGAAGGAAGCGGACGAUGAAGACCGGACACAUCCGCGGGUCAUUAUUCACAUCGAUAUGGACUAUUUUUACGCUCAAGUAGAGGAAGUACUGAAUCCUGCCCUUAAGGAUAAGCCGUUUGCGGUAAAGCAACGUUUUUGUGUAGUAACAUCGAACUACAUUGCACGACAGCAAGGCAUCAAAAAGCUGCAGCCUGUGAAGGAAGCGCUUGCCAUGUGCCCAGAGCUGGUGCUGAUCAAUGGAGAAGAUAUUACCAAGUACAAGGAAAUGUCGGUACGUAUAAAUGAAGUCAUGCAUCGAUUUACGCCACACGUCGAAAAGCUCGGGCUGGAUGAGAAUUACCUGGACGUAACGGAUUUAAUUGCCGAGCGGCUAGAACAACUGGAAGCGACUGGUGAUAGCGCUGAUCACUCGCACCUUAACUACGUCGAGGGACUCAUCCAUCCUACGCCGGAUAGAAAUGAAUGCGCCGAGGUGACGCCGUUUCGAGAAACUGAUCGAGACCUUUUCCGGCGAUGUUGCCAUUGUGGCUGUGAUCGAAGACUUAUACUGGCAACUCACCUAGCGAAAGAGAUACGUGACAGCAUAUACAAGGAGCUGGGGCUGCGCUGUUGUGCCGGAAUCGCACAUAAUAAGCUGCUGGCAAAGCUGGUUGGCGCAGUAAACAAGCAGAACAAGCAGACGGUGCUGCUUCCCACGGAAGGGAGCAUGUUCGUGGCAUCGCUCGGUUCGGUUCGCAGUCUUACCGGGAUAGGAGAAAAAACCGCCCAAACCUUGGCAAACUGCUGUGGUAUAAGCACCGUGACAGAUCUUCAGUACGUUGAGUUGGACAAGCUUGCUAAACACCUAGGCUACGAACAGGCAGUAAGACUGAAGCAAAUUGCGUUCGGUCGAGACGAUACGGCCGUGAAGCAGACGGGUAAACCGAAAUCAGUCGGCCUAGAAGAUUCCUGCCCAUCCAUAUCGGUGCGUGCGGAUGCGGAAGAAAAGUUCCGCCAUCUGCUCGUGCGGUUGGUGAAAAACAUCGCCGAAGACGGUCGGGUGCCGAUCGCUAUAAAGGUUACCGUGCGCAAGUAUGAUGCAACGAAGCGCACCACACACCGUGAAUCGAAACAAGACAAACUGCUUCCCUCGAUGUUUCGCCAUGCUAACGGGCGGCUGAUAUUGGCGGACGGUGCACAAGAUAAAAUUCUCGCCAUCGUCAUGAAAGUAUUCGAGCGGAUGGUUGAUCUGCGCCAACCGUUCAACAUCACGCUGCUGGGGCUGUCGUUCUUCAAGUUUCAGGAGCGGCGCAUCGGUAGCAAAUCGAUUGCUAAUUUUCUAAUAAAAAAGUCCGACAUCGAGGUCCAGUCCAUAACCAAUCUUAGCAACGAAUCGAUCACGCUCAGCGAUAUCAGCUUUUGCUCGAACAAGUCGUCGCUUUCGGCAAUGGAUUGUGAACCAUGCUGUUCCUCCGAUGCAGGCUCGAUCGCGUCACAAUCCGGCUCGGAAUCAGAUGCGGAACCAUCGCCAAAAAAAUCUCGUCGAGUUGUGUUUCAGGCGCAUCGACACGGCACAGGUACGCAGGAACGGCGUUACGGGAACAGCAGUGAACCGGACGAAACCACACUAAGCAAGCUGCGAGUAGCCGAUCUACGAUUGAAUUCCAAAGAGUACGAUCAGGACCAUCCAGCCACGGUUGUGUCGUCCGGUUCUCCGAUGGAUGUGUCCGCACAAACCGGACCAUCGAAAAUGUCAUCAUUCUUCCGAGAGCGUUUAGCUACAACGUCCGAUCAACUUCCAAGCCCAUCCACACCGGUAAGCAGUAAACCGAUCGACAGCGUGGCAGGCGGUUGCAGUAAAAUGGAGGUUAGUGUUUUACCUGCAUCGAACAACAUUCCUCGCCGCGACCGUGUCGGAUUCGGAAGGGACCAAACGCAGAAUAAAAAUCAUAGCAAAAGUACAAAUCUCCUGCCGCCCAACGUGGACCCGGAAGUGUUUGAUGCACUGCCGGAUGAUGUACAACAAGAGCUACUUAGUAACUGGCGUAGGGCGAAUGGCGGUACGGUAGCCAGCAGCAGUGCAGGAUUAGGCCCUAGUAAAGCAAACUCCAACCCAGGCAGUGUGAGCUCAAGCAGUACUCACAACAAUUCCACCACUAAUAAUAGUAGCACUAGUAACAAUAGUAGUACUCCAGCAAAUGCUGCCGCAACUGGUAAGGGUAGCUCUAAAAAUACUUUACAUCGCUACUUCGUUAAAAACACGUAGCAUACAUUAUGUCCAGUAUCUUCAGAGUAUGUUAUUCUUUCGUCUACUUUUUUUUAUACACUCCAACGUCCCGAACAGCGUUUGGGGCACAGCUUUUCUGGGGUCAGAUGUUUUUUUUUUUCGUUUAGCCCGUGCAGUUGAUUUUCGGCAACGCGCUCUCUAAUUCCUUUCACACUAAAGGUACGGAAAUGCUAAGUUUUAGAUCCUCUCUAACGAAUAGUUGUGAAGAAUUA